AAUCCGUCUCUCUCUGGCGCGUUUCGAAGGGUGUGCGCAGCGGUGGGCGUGGUUAAGGACGCGUCAAUCAGCGGCGCUACAAUAGCACGUGUGGCGGUCAUGGUCAUGAGCGGCUCGGUGGAGGCGACGCGACUGCAGGCUGCUGAUAGGAGAGAGAGAGCGAGCGGUUACCGUCACCUUAUCCAUCCACCUCUCCUCCUUCACUACAUCCACAACCGCCUCUGCAACCUGAUCGCCCUUUAAUAAUGCACGGGGAGGUGAAGCGAAUAUCAGCGGCCGGGCUUUGAAUGAUGUAUCACACCGGUUACUACAGCACCGCACCGGAGAGCCCGAUCCUGUAGCUGUCACCCGCGGAGAAAAUGUCACACCAUCAUUUCAUCAAAUGCUGUUGUUUUCAGCUAUGUAACGUGUUCAGGCAGAACAUGGAGAUAGACCAGUGUCUGCUGGAGUCUCUGCCGUUGGGCCAGCGUCAGAGGCUGGUCAGACGCAUGCGUUGCGAGCAGCUGCGGGUCUACUUCGAGCGCGAGCGGACGCUACAGAAGCAGAGCUUCCCCAAGCCCCGCUCCACCAACCGCAAAAAACAAAAAAUCAGCUUCACGCUUUCAGACAUCAUCCAGGACGCCAUCAUACGACACGAUGACAAAGAGGUGCUGAGGCUGCUGAAGGAGGGAGCUGACCUGAACACAGUGAUUUCCUCAGGAGGAUCUCUGCUCCAUCUGUGUGCCCGCCAUGACAAUGUGUUCGCAGCAGAGAUUUUGAUAGAGAAAGGACUGAAUGUCAACCUGCAGGAUGAGGACCUGUGGACCGCUCUGCAUGUGGCCUGUGCCUGCGAUCACGCAGAUAUGGUGUUACUGCUGCUGCUGGCUGGAGUCAAUGUGCUCCUGCAGGAUGUGAACGGGAACGUUCCACUCGACUACACCACAGAGGGGACGGAAAGCAGCUACAUCCUCAUCAGACACCUGGAGGAGAAUGGAGUGGACAUGAGCUCUAUGCACCAGAUGAAGACCCAGCGCUCAUCCACCAUGUUGUCUGACGUGAAGCAGCUGGUCAGCGGCGGGGGCAGCGUCAAUCAACAGAAUGAUGACGGGGUCACGCUGCUACACAUCGCCAGUGCCAGUGGUUAUAAGGAGGUGGUGUCUGUGCUGCUGGAGAAUGGGGCAGACGUCCAUGUGUCUGACAACAACUACUGGACACCCUUACAUCUGGCUGCCAAAUAUGGGCAGACCCACAUUGUGAACCAGCUGUUGAAGCACAAAGCAGAUCCUACUCUUCUGAACUGCAACCAGGACAAGCCCUCGGAUAUGGCUGCUACUGAGCAGAUUGCAGAGAUGUUGAUGAGAGCAGAGGAAUUCUGGGUACAGAGACAAACAGACCCCUCGGCUCCACCUCCUCAAUCAGAAGAGCACUGCACAGAUGCCAUCCAGGACAGCAGCCUGCCUUUAAAGAAACUGGCUACUAUGGCUCUUCCAAUCUCUAGAAGGGACAGUUUGUUGGAGAAGGAGGCCAUGUUCAGGGACUCAGGAGGAGCUCUGACACAGCAGCCUUCACUUGAUAACGGGCUGGAUGGAUCAUAUCCCAGCGCUGCAGGAAAACUGGAGCAGGUGAAACUAAUGCCUCCUGCUCCUAAUGAUGACCUUGCUUCCCUCAGUGAGCUCACAGACAGCAGCCUGCUCUACGAGAUGCAGAAGCGGUUUGCUAAUGACCAGAUAUAUACCUACAUUGGACACAUUCUUCUCCUUUUUAACCCUUACAAGGACCUGCCCAUCUACUCUAAUCUCGUCAGUCAGUUGUAUCUGAGCUCCAGUGGUCGUCUGUGUUCCUCUCUCCCGCCUCAUAUCUUCUCUUCAGCGGAGCGUGCCUAUCACAUGAUGCUGCAGGAGCGACGCCCACAGUGUUUCAUCAUCAGUGGAGAGAGUGGUUCUGGGAAGUCUGUGGCCUGUAAGCACAUCCUGAAACACCUGGCUGCCCGCUCAAGUCCCAAAGGCUUCGCUUUAGAGCCGCGGAUGAAGCAUGUGAAUGCGAUCUUGGAAGCUUUUGGUCAUGCUAAGACCCCGAUGAACUCCUCGGCAAGCCGUUUCAUCAAGCUGAUCUCACUGCAGUACUGUGAGAAGAGACGGAGUCUACUCAGAGGCCGUCUGUACACUUACAUGCUGGAGAAGUCGAGAGUCAUCUGCACUCCGCUGCUUCAGCAGAACUUUAACAUCUUCUCCCUGAUGUCUGAGGGGCUUUCAGCAGAGGAGAGGAGUGCUCUGUAUCUAAACAAUGUCCUAGCUCACAGGUGUAUGAGCACAGCGGCUCCCGGUGAAACUCCUGCAGUAGCUACAGCGUGUCCUCAGAGCAGAGAGAAGCUCUCGGCCCUUAAACAGGCUCUGCGUGCCCUCGGCUUCAACAGACUGGAGGUGGAGAAUUUGUUUGUGGUCCUCUCUGCGCUGCUGCAUCUGGGAGAUGUGCGCUUCACCGCCCUGACAGACGCUGACACUGCGCUUGUGUCCGACUUACAGCUGCUAGAUAGAGUGGCUGGGAUGCUGCAGGUGAGCUCUGAAGAUCUAGGCUCUUCCCUCACCUCUGAUGUGCAGUGUUUCAAAGGUGAUGUCAUAACAAGGCGGCACACCGUCGAAAUGUCCAACCAUCACAGAGAUCUCUUGGCUAAAGCUCUGUAUGGACGACUCUUCAGCUUCUUGGUCAAUAACAUUAACUUUUACCUCCAAGGCCAUGAAGAAAUCACUGGUGAUCCUGCCCUUGAGAUAAGCAUCCUGGACAUCUUUGGCUUUGAGGAAUUCCAGCGCAAUGGUUAUGAAAAGCUGUGCGUGAACAUGGUGAAUGAGCGGAUCAGGCAGUUCACCGCAGACGUGCUCUUCCAGCAGGAGCAGCGGGAAUGUCUGCAGGAGGGGGUUGCCAUGGAGACGCUACGCUCCCUCGGCAACCAGACAGCGGUGCUGGACGUCUUCUUCCAGAAGCCUCAGGGUGUGCUGUGUAUCAUUGAUGAGGAGAGUCAGUCCCUCAGGCCAUGUGAAGUCAACCUUUAUAAGCGACUGCAGAUACAGCUGGAUUCCUCUGGUAUAGACAUCAUCUCACUCACAACCAAGGAUGGCAACGGGAACCCCCCACCCAAAGACCAGGGGCCAUCAUUUACCGUCACUCACUAUGCCGGCAAGGUGACCUAUGACCUGACCGGCUCACUGGACAAGAACAAGGAUGUUCUUCCCCAAAACAUCUUGUUUGUUAUGAAAACAAGUGAGAACGUGCUCAUCCAUCAAAUGUUCCAGUGUAAGCUGACUCAGACGGGCUCAUUGGUUCCUCAUCACCAGCGGCUGAAUCUCCGAGGGUCCAAAGGCACUUUGCUUAACAAGAGCACUACGCUAAAUCCUGCCAGAGAUGCCAAAAAAUAUGUGGAACUGAACAAGCUCCUGAAGAAGAAGGGAGCGAUGUCCUUCCUGCAGAGACUGGAGCGUUGUGGACCUGUCACUGUGGCAGUGCAGCUUAGGAACUCUCUGUGUGAGAUCACCAGUAAGCUGCAAGCGUGUACACCUCACUUUAUUCAGUGUGUCAGGCCCAACAAUGCCGGAAAGCCUGAUGUUUUUGACAGCUUCCACGUGUCCUCACAGCUCCAGUACGUGGGAGUUCUGGAGAUGGUCCGCCUGAUCCGUUAUGGAUACCCAGUCCGCCUGUCUUUCACCAGCUUCCUGUGCAGAUACAGAGAGCUGGUGGACACCAUCCUCACCGACAGGAAGAAAGCAUCCACAGAGGAGAAGUGCCGCCACAUUCUGCAGCAUUGUAAACUUCAGGGCUGGCAGAUAGGGAACAGUAAGGUUUUCUUGAGAUACUGGCAAGCUGAUCACCUUAAUGACCGCUGCCAUCAACUGCACAGGAAGAUUAUUAUCUGUCAGAAAGUGGUGCGUGGUUGGUUGGCCAGACAGUGUGCACGUCACAGGCUCACAUCUUGGCAGCAGGAGCAGUGUACCGUCCAGCGGUUUCUGCAGGGAGCUGAGGACUUGGGUAUGCGUGCUUAUGACAGCCUGGUCAUCCAAAAUGCAGCCGAUAUUGCACGAGAGAAUGACCGCCUCCGGGGUCACAUCAGUGCUCCACCACUGGGUGAACGACCAGAACCUGUAGGCAAAGAAGAAGACUCACCCAAAAGGGCUGUUGAAAAAAGUGGAAGGGUUAACGAUGUGUCAGGCCGUGGGGGGAACAGACCACUCCGGCAUUUCCGCUCCAGCUCUGUGCCUCUCCCCCUGGUUAUGGACAGCUUGGUACACUCCAGCAUCGGGACAUCAAUCAAAGCAGCCCUUCAGCCUGCGCCAUACUCCACUGAGGAGGGGAAUGGAGGGAUCCUCUCCUCCCCACGAAAACAACCUCCUCCCAAACCCAAACGAGACCCCAAUACACGUCUGAGUGCAUCGUACGAGGCAGUGUGUGCAGGGCUGAGUAUUGCACUCAAAGACAGCCCUGCUGAGGGUCAAGGCUCUCCAUCUGGAAGCCCACCAAAAACCCAACUCUCUCCUUCUGAUCGUACGUAUCAAUAUGAGCUCAAACAUCCACUUCAUGUCCAAAAGUAUGUGGACACCCUCUUCUAUUAUGCAUGA